CUUGAAACGCUCCCCUUGCGCGUCGUUUCUAUGAUAUUCCCUGAUCUGCACACUGUUGGAAUGUUUGGCUACUCUCUCAUCUGGGUAGCUAUGUUCUAUCACUCUGUGGAAUGGGUAGCGCAAGCAGUUUGCCUGGACGACUGGAAAAAUCCAUGGAGCAGUCUAUUACAGUACUGUGCAAUUACAGCUAGCUGGACAGUCUGGUCCGUCAAGGCAGUCAGGCAGAUACAGAAUAUCAUCGGUUUAAAAUAUUGCAUUAAAUCAUGGCUGAUUUUGAGGAAUUCGAAAAACAGCUGAGCGAAAACCGACAGGAGAGAGAGAAGGAGAGACGCAAGAAGAGGAGCGGCAGUGGGUCUCAGAGCCGCAGUGAGAAACAUAGCAGCUGGAGCAAAGACCGAGGCAACCGGAGCCGAGAGAAGCGAAGCCGCAGUAGAGACAGGAAGAGCCGGGAGCAGAGGAGCACCUCGCGGGAUCACAAGAAGCACAGCUAUUCUCCACGAAGAACAAGGAGGAAAAGGACCUGCAGAUACUGGGAUGUGCCUCCACCUGGCUUUGAACACAUCACACCAUUGCAGUACAAAGCUAUGCAAGCGGCUGGGCACAUACCCACAAUAGCCCUGCUGGCAUCAUCUGCCAUGAGUGGGUUGGCAGUAACACCCUCCCAAGUGCCCAUAGUUGGCAGUCAGAUGACUAGGCAGGCUCGACGUCUCUAUGUUGGCAAUAUUCCCUUUGGUGUGACAGAGGAGUCCAUGGCAGAAUUCUUCAAUGCCCAAAUGAGGCUUGCAGGCCUAUCGCAAGCCCCUAGCAUCCCUGUGCUUGCUGUGCAGAUAAAUCAGGAUAAAAACUUUGCAUUCCUAGAGUUCCGGUCUGUCGAUGAGACCACACAGGCCAUGGCUUUCGAUGGAAUCAUUUUCCAAGGUCAGUCGUUGAAGAUAAGACGACCACAUGACUACCGGCCCCUACCUGGCAUUUCAGAGCAACCUGCUUUUCAUGUCCCAGGUGUCGUGUCCACAGUGGUACCAGACUCCCCACAUAAACUGUUUAUUGGAGGCCUACCCAACUAUCUCAAUGAUGAUCAGGUGAAGGAGCUCUUGACAUCAUUCGGACCACUCAAAGCUUUCAACCUUGUCAAGGACAGUGCCACGUCACUUUCCAAAGGUUAUGCCUUUUGUGAAUAUGUUGACAUCAGUGCGACUGAUCAGGCGGUGGCUGGGCUCAAUGGCAUGCAACUGGGUGACAAAAAGCUCAUCGUCCAGAGAGCAAGUGUGGGAGCCAAAAACGCCAAUCCGACUGCCAUCAUCGAGACCCCGGUGACGCUGCAGGUGCCUGGGCUGCAGGGACUUCAGAACUCUGGGCUGCCCACAGAGGUGCUGUGCCUGCUCAACAUGGUGAUGCCUGAGGAGCUGGUGGAUGACGAGGACUACGAGGAGAUCCUGGAGGACAUCAGUGAGGAGUGCUGCAAGUACGGCAGCGUGCGCUCCAUCGAGAUUCCCCGGCCCGUCGAAGGAGUGGAGGUCCCUGGCUGUGGCAAGAUCUUUGUGGAGUACGUUUCUACUGCAGACUGUCAGAAAGCCAUGCAGGCCCUCACUGGCCGCAAGUUUGCCAACAGAGUGGUGGUAACCAAAUACUAUGAUCCAGACAUGUAUCACAGACAGGAGUUCUCAGGGUAGAGGGGAAACAGGAGGCAAUACAGGGAAUUAACUGGGAUCUCCUCUUUCCUGCUUCCUCAAACCUGGUUUCAGCUCUUCAGUAUCGUGUGUUCUGUCUCCAGUAUUCACAGCUAGUACGUUGUAACCCUAUCCUCAUUUACUACAGUAGUACAGAUUUUUGGGGAAAAAUACUAGAUUUUUACAUGUGUCUUUUAGAUACUCUAAGUGAUAUAUUACACCAACAAAAAAUAUCUGUGUGCGCAGUGAAUGAAUUUAGUGAAAUGUAUACAAAUAAAUAAAACCAUGCUAUUUGUGUAGGAUUCCCUUUGCAGAAGUAGUAUGAAUGUCAUGUGUGCUUAAAUCUAAAACCAGACUGUAACAUAGCCAGUGUUGCGGUCUUUCUUAACUCUGGAAUCAAUGAGAUGAUACAAAGUGAAAUGUUUCGAUUUCUAUUCUGAGCACAAGCUUAUUUUGUCUCUUAACUUAAAGAAUUGUUAAGUCGAGAUGAACCUAUAUUUGAUAGCUAUCAUACUUUCACUGUGUGAUUCUGAGAAGUAACUAACAGUGAAAUGUUAUUGUAUACCCCCCCAGAGUCAGAUGAACUUGUGAAUACCAUGUUUAUGUCUCUGCAUCCAGUAUGAAGGAAGUUAGAGGUAGUUUCACGAGCCAAGUACCAUAGACUCCCAGUCAUUGAGCUAACGCUAGUUAGCAACUUCCUUCAAAUUGCAUGUAGAGACAUAAAAAUGGUUUCCACAGGUUCAUCUCACUCUAGGGAAGUAGAAAACAUUUCCACAAUCCUGAAGUUUAAAACUCAAACACCAAAAAACGUGUGUUAGAAAAACACUCAACACUAAUAUUUACAAAAAGUGAACAAAACAAUUGUUUCAAAAAGUCUUGAUUUGGGCAUUUUCACCUCGAAACCCAUAACCUUGACAUUUGCAGAUUGUUUUGUGUUCGUGCUCUGGAUGAAGAAUUUGUGUCAUUUAGAUUGUAGCAAAAAAUUACAAGGUCACAAAAAUACCAUACUGGCCAUAGAAAGGGACAUUAUGCAUAGUUUUUUGAAUAAGAAAUAUUUGGUCAUCCUACAGGAAAGGAAGAGGAGAUUUUAGAAGAUGUGCUUUCAAUUUAUGUAAAUAAUGUAUGUAGCUAAUGUAUAUCCUGUGUUUUUGUUAUCUGAUGCUUUCGUAAUUGUAUGGAAGAAAAUUGGUUAAUUUAUUUUUACCCAAAGGUUUUUUAAGCUUCAUGAAAAUUGCAGACGUGAGUUGAUCCAACAUUGUCGUUGUAUGACAGUAAUUCAUAUCAUUCAUCAUUACAGUGAGACUAACUUUGAGUGUUUUAUUAUGUACUGUAUAUCACAUACGAUUACAACAAAAACAGUAUGCUUCAUUAUGGGUACAUUGGAAAUCAGCUUUCAACUAAAUAAAUGCAGUUCAUUGAUUCAAAAGAAUUAUAAUUACUGUUUUUGUAAAUGUGGUUUUGAAUGUGCCAAAACUGAAAGCAUUUUUAUGUACACAUCUAACCUGCCACUGCCAUGCCUUGAAUAAAUGCCUGCAUCCUC